AUGAACUGCGUCGUCAAGACGUGGCUCCUGGGGGUCAUCACCACCGAGCUAGCUAAUGCGGUGGUGGAGCAUGGUGCCAAUGCUCGCGCUGUGUGGCUCGCCAUCGAGUACCAAUUCCUCAGCAACCACGAGACUAGGGCCCUCUUCCUCAACCUGGAGUUCCGGCAUGGCAGAUGCAUCUCCGACCGUACGCUCAUCAUCAACGUCAUCCACGGCCUCCACGAGCGCUUCACCACCAUUGGUCUUCAUCUUCGACGCACUCGUCCCCUCCCCACCUUCCUGAAGGUGCGGAACGAAUUGAUACUUGAAGAGAUCACCAUGGCAAAGACAACGCCCGCUACUGCUCUCGCCGCCUCCUCCGAGGCUGGCGCCUCCAAGUCCUCCCCGUCCCAUCAGCCAUCAAAGCAGGCAGGCUCUUCCACCGUGGGCAACGACAAGCAGAAGCGCAGCAAGCGGGAUGGCCAAAAGCGCGACGGCGGCUAG